CCCUGUAAAUUACAGUCAAGAAGGCCCUAUGGAGCAGAUCUACACAUGAGGUUGUAAUUAGCCAUUAUUACUGUUCCUGGGCAUCCUAUGCGUAUUUAUCUUCCCUUCCUUAUCCUCUCUCCCCAGACCUUAAGGACCAGAAGGGUGCCAAAUUUUUUUUUUUUUUUUAUGUUUCUGGCCCCAACCAGGGAGCCCUGGUGGCAGUAAGAGCUGUGGCUGCUAACCAAAAGCUUCUUAUCCUUUGAAAACACUAAGAAAAUGUCCCUGCAUCAGUUUUUACUAGAGCCAAUCACCUGUCAUGCCUGGAACAGGGACCGUACCCAGAUUGCCCUUAGCCCUAAUAAUCAUGAAGUCCACAUCUAUAAGAAGAAUGGGAGCCAGUGGGUGAAAGCUCAUGAACUCAAGGAACACAAUGGACAUAUCACAGGUAUUGACUGGGCACCCAAGAGCGACCGCAUUGUCACUUGUGGGGCAGACCGCAACGCCUAUGUGUGGAGUCAGAAAGACGGUGUCUGGAAGCCCACGCUGGUGAUCCUGAGAAUUAAUCGAGCAGCCACUUUUGUGAAGUGGUCCCCCCUAGAGAACAAAUUUGCUGUGGGAAGUGGAGCACGGCUCAUUUCCGUGUGUUACUUCGAGUCCGAAAAUGACUGGUGGGUAAGCAAGCACAUUAAGAAGCCGAUCCGCUCCACGGUCCUCAGCUUGGACUGGCAUCCCAACAACGUUUUGCUGGCAGCAGGCUCAUGCGACUUCAAGUGCAGGGUGUUUUCUGCCUACAUUAAGGAGGUGGAUGAAAAGCCAGCCAGUACGCCAUGGGGCAGCAAGAUGCCUUUUGGUCAGCUGAUGUCAGAGUUUGGUGGCAGUGGCACUGGUGGCUGGGUCCAUGGGGUCAGCUUCUCCGCCAGCGGGAACCGCCUGGCCUGGGUCAGCCACGACAGCACCGUGUCUGUUGCCGAUGCCUCAAAAAGCGUGCAGGUUGCAACUCUGAAGACAGAGUUCCUGCCACUCCUAAGUGUAUCAUUUGUCUCGGAGAACAGCGUCGUGGCUGCUGGCCACGACUGCUGCCCGAUGCUCUUUAACUACGACGACCGUGGCUGCUUGACCUUCGUCUCCAAACUCGACAUUCCAAAACAGAGCAUCCAGCGCAACAUGUCAGCUAUGGAGCGCUUCCGCAACAUGGACAAGAGGGCUACCACCGAGGACCGCAAUACGGCCUUGGAGACAUUACACCAGAAUAGCAUCACUCAAGUGUCUAUUUAUGAGGUGGACAAACAGGAUUGUCGUAAAUUCUGCACUACUGGCAUCGAUGGAGCCAUGACAAUUUGGGAUUUUAAGACCUUAGAGUCUUCUAUCCAGGGCCUUCGAAUAAUGUGAAGCUGAGCAAACCUCUGAGAUUGAUCUAGCAUGACAAACUGCGACUGCCUGCCUCCCCACCUGCAAGAAACACUGAAAACAUGUAUCGUGCAAAUACUGUGUGUGUUUUGUUUGAAUAUAAUUGGUGGAAGUGUUGGGGUUUUUUAAAAGCAGCAGUGAUUUUUUUUUUUUUUUGGCUGUUCCAUUCUU